GGCCAUUUUCACGUUGGGCUCCCUAUAGUCGAAGUUGGGUCAACUAAACCCCUAUAGUCCAUAAAAUCGAAUAUUUGGGCCCCUUGCCCUAACGAUAGUUUGACGCCGUCCGUCUUCUUUUUUUUUUCUUUUUUUUUAAUCGGCGGUGAGAUUGGAGAUCGCCGCCUUCCCCGCCACCCUCUCCUGCCAGACCACCUCUCCCACGAGAUCCCUCUCCAUCACCUGCUCAUCCACAACCCUCCAAACCCCAACAUCCGCCGCCACCGAUAGCGUCUUCAACUUCGCCGUCGGCCCCGCCACCCUCCCGGAGAACGUCCUCCUCAAGGCCCAAUCGGAGCUCUACAACUGGCGCGGCUCCGGCAUGUCGGUGAUGGAGAUGAGCCACCGUGGCAAGGAAUUCCUCUCCAUUAUCCAGAAGGCCGAAUUAGAUCUCCGGACCCUGCUCAACAUCCCCUCCGACUACACCGUCCUCUUCCUCCAGGGCGGCGCCACCACGCAGUUCGCCGCCAUCCCUCUCAAUCUCUGCAACACCGACGACGUCAUCGAUUACGUCGUCACCGGAUCUUGGGGCGACAAGGCCUUCAAAGAGGCCGCCAAGUACUGUAACCCUAAAUCGAUCUGGAGCGGCAAAUCGGAGAAAUACACCAAAAUCCCCAAUUUCGAUUCGCUCGAACAGACCCCCGGCGCAAAGUAUCUCCAUAUUUGUGCCAAUGAAACCAUCCACGGGUCGAAUUUCUGCUCCAAACCCGUCGACGUCACCAAAUUCGGCAUGAUCUAUGCCGGCACGCAGAAGAACGUGGGCCCCUCGGGGGUGACCAUCGCCAUUGUGCGGUCCGAUUUGAUCGGGAAGUCGCAGGCGAUCACGCCGGUGAUGCUGGACAACAAGAUCCACGCUGAGAACAAUUCCCUCUACAACACGCCGCCGUGCUACGACAUCUACAUGUGCGGGCUGGUGUUCGAGGAUCUGAUGGAGCAGGGCGGGUUGGCGGAGGUGGAGAAGAAGAACGUGAAGAAGGUGGGCAUUCUGUACGACGCCAUUGAUGGGAGCAAAAGGGGUAUUUGAGCUUGCAUUAAAGGUGGGGCCCACCGCCGAUUAAAAAAAAAGAACAAAAAAAAGAAGACGGACGGCGUCAAACUAUCGUUAGGGCAAGGGGCCCAAAUAUUCGAUUUUAUGGACUAUAGGGGUUUAGUUGACCCAACUUCGACUAUAGGGAGCCCAACGUGAAAAGGGCCACUAUGAUAGGGGCUUAUUUGAUACU